GGCGGGGAGCGAGCGUGAGGGUGGAGCGAUGAAGCUGACAGUGUUGUUGCUGCUGGUCCUGCCGGCUCUGUCCUCAGCCGGUCUGCAGGACAUCGUGAUGAAGAAUUCACAGCACAAAAAUGCCAACUUACUGAACCCAGAACUGGAGCAGAGGGUCCCUAAACCAACUGGUAACAAAGUGCCAGGUCCUCUGAAUGCUGCUGAGCUUGAGCAGCAACAACAUCAGCGCUUCAUGUUUGGAGACAACGUUAACCUGGAGUGGCUUACCUGGAAUGGCUCACUGCCCAAUGGAGCCGUUGCAAUCUACAACGGCUACACUGAGCGGACCGACUACGUCUGCAAGUACAAGUGUGAGUCCGGCUUCUACAACCCAGGCCUAGGCCCUUACUGCCGCUAUCCCUACGGAGACCGUGAGUACUACGCUCCUGAAUUUGAGAUUCUGUCCAACAAAGACAACUUUGAGUUUCUGGAAUGGAAGGAAGAUUCUUAUGGCUCCGUACCCCAGCAUUCAGUGAGGACUUGCACCGGUGUGGACAUUUAUGUAGGCAAGAACAAGUACGGACUUGGGAAGGUUGUUUCAAAGUUUGAGGCAUUUUUUCUGCCCUGGGAAGGAGAUGAGUACUGGUACAAGUAUUACCAAGUCCUGACUAUCAACAGGGAUGCCUACACCCAGCACAUCUCUGAUGUCAAAUACGCUAUCAAUGAGGCCGCAAUAUUCCAGUAUCCUCCAGAGACCAUGCGUAUCUCCGGGGUCACCAACAACGAGUGUCAGACGGUGACAAAGACUGUCACCAUCUCAAAGACGACAGAAGUUGAGAGCACCUGGAACAUCGGCCGAGCCACCAUGCUGGGCAUCACAGGCACCAUCACAGCCAAAAUUCCCUUUAUCGGCUCCGGAGGCAUUGAGCUGUCUGGUGAGAAGACACUGCAGUUUAACAAAGGAACCACCAUGAUAGAAGCACUUAGCCACUCCGUGUCUGUGGAACUCAAAGUCCCACCAAACCACUACUGCAGAGUCCAAAUGGAGGGUCGUAAAAUCAAAGCAGAUAUCCCCUAUACUGCACGACUCAGCCGCACCUACCGAAAUGGGGAGACCCAGUGGACGUCCAUUUCUGGAACAUAUGAUGGUGUUCAGAUUGGAGAAGUCCGUGCAGUGGUGGAUCGCUGUGAACCUGUGGUUGAUGCAAAGCCCUGUCCCUGAAGGACUCACUGAAUUUUUUUAAGAAUCUGAUUUUUGUGAUAUUAAAACCAAAUGACAUGUCACAAAACUAGUCAAUAAAAUAUUUCCAUC